AUGCCGAUUUUGCAAUACAUCGAAAAGUUCAUUCCGGCCUAUGGGAAACAAGGGAAACACCAACUCGUCUCCCAGGGAUCAAAAUCAGUUGGUGCACGUGACCAUCAUGUUCCUUCUCAACGGAGAGUGUCUAAUAAACAUCUACUUUCAACGAGUUCAAUACUAUUCGGACUUUGCCUUCUAGGCUACACAAUUACCCGAAACCCACCUCUUUCACGACCCUCAGAUAUCCCAGCUCCACCAGUCCCCGAAUCCAUCAGCAUCAGACGCUUAGUGCUCCCGCCCGUAGUCUCAGAAGACAAUGUCGGAGCAUGCUCUAUUAUCAACCCAAACGGAACAGGAUGUAUUCCCAUCGACUCCGAACUUCAGAACGGGAACUUCCUCCCAGACAACAAGCAUGUCGUAGCCGUUGUAACCUUUGCCGGUGCGCCAUCAGCACCAGAUCCAGCACAUAUCUUCACCGGUAGACAGAUCAUCCUGCUUAAGGUCGACGACAGCACGUUCGAAGACGGGGCGAGUUGGAAAUGUAUCACCUGCGGCGUUCCUGUCGACAAUCAGCCAGGGAGGAAUGAUGCAUUGGACUAUCCGCAAGCUUUCCUAGAUGGAAAGAGAAUCUUAGCCGGAACCAAUAUUAUUGACUGUGGCUCAGCACCACUGGCAAGUGCUGAGUGCACUCCUCAGAAAGUUCAUGUCUAUCCGAUCCGCUGGAAUGACCAGGCUGACGGCUCGGGGCGAGGCGGGAACAUGAGAGAGUUACGAAUACAUCCCGACAAUAUACAUAUCGGAUUUAGUGCAUUCGAUAUGACCGAUGGUCAUAUUGGCCAAUACUGUUACUUCGGCCGCCUGGAAUUCAACCCUUCACCUUCAACUGGCAUCUCACUUACACCUCGCUACGACGUCGUCGUCGUAACCAGACUGUUCGACGCGAACGCCGUUUCGCCAAUAACCACCCACAAGGGCGAAAUAACAUUCCACCCCGAGGCCAUCACAGUUGGCGAGCUUCGCGGUUUCACCGGUCGUGGUACCGAAGUGACAUACAUUGGCUACCCCCACGAAUCCUCCAACAUCGAUGUCUUUUCGGCCGAUCUGGAAACCGGUGAAGUGCGUCGACUGACAAGUCAUCCCGAAUAUGUCGAUCCCAUCGAUAUCUCGCCUGACGACAACUGGAGCGUCGUGAUGGAUACCCGCGGCAGUAACCGCCAGAUGUGGGUUUCUGGCUUGCGAGGCGUGCCGCCGAUCACGGAUAUUGUUACCACAGCUGUCGUGGCUUCGACGAGGAAUAACGGGCGGAGGAGAUUUUUUUCCCCUUGGAUAAUUGAUAGAUUUGGUGACCGUGGAGAGUACUUUGGACAAAAAAUCAACGCCGGGGAAGAUACGACACCAGGGAGUGGCAGUACCAGUGAUCCUGAAUGGAAUGGGAGGGCGGAUCCGAAGUGGUCCAAUGAUGGGACAAUGAUUGUCUAUAAUGAGGAAUUGACGGUGGCGCCUGCUUGUGGAGGCGAGAACCCGCUGCCUUGCUUCGAGUCUAAGGAGCCUGGAGGGGGCAUUCAACGGAUUAUGCUUGCUACUUUGACGCAGAGAAAGCCGCUUGAUCUUCCACCUGUGAAGAAACAUUCGGAUACCAUACCAUGGGGUGUUCCGUACGUACCGGGAAAAUCUCAGAAAUUACGAUCGAUGGCACCACAAGGGACCUACAAACUUACCGGUAAAGUAUCCGGAUCAGCGAAAGUCAACAUCACGUACGAUGCGCUCGGAGUGGUCGUCCGUACCGUGGCACUUGAUUACCAGAACUUCUCCGACGACGGGAAGAACUUUCUUAGUGGAACAGAGGAAGUCACGGUCUUUCCUAACGUUUCAAAAUCGCCGACGUCUCUGCAUACUGAUUGGCACUCCAAUCUUACGCGAACUGGAUCAGAUGGGAGGAGUACGAAGGUGACUGGACCCGAAGGGUUUCACUUGGAUAUUGAUAUCAUGACGAAUAUUUUUGAGGCGAAUGGUACUUUGACGACUGUCGUGGAUGGCGUGGAAUAUAAGCAGCCGCAGAACGGAACGUAA